AUGCCCAUUUCCAUCCGUGAUGAGGUCUCAGAAGAAGAGGCUAAGCGUGGUGAAGCUGCUUUUGGAAGCGACUUCGUUCCUGGUUUUGGGAGUCAUUACAUGAAAUUUGGCAAUACAAGGCUCUGGAUCACACGAUCUAUCGACAACUCGAAGCAGUACAAAUCCGCCUCAAGCAUGGGCCGGGAGGAUGAGGUAUUGCAGCUCGUUUUCUUUUCACGUGAUAGAAAUGUGGUACACACGUUUAUGGAGGAGGUGCGAGCCUCUUGGGAGGAGCAGUCAAAAUGCACCGUUCGCCUUUACUUGCCAAAUGGCUGGGACACUAGGUGGGAGUUCCUGGCGAAGCGACUUCGGCGUCCACUAUCUACACUUAACCUCCCUCGCACUACAAUGGCGAUGGUUGAGGAGGCCAAACUCUUCCUUCGAUCGAGGGAGCUUUACAUGUCGCUUGGUGUCCCUUGGCGUUGUGGGUAUCUUUUUGAGGGAGCUCCUGGGACAGGGAAAAGAAGUUGUAUUCUUGGUUUGGCGAGUGAGUUCUAUCUCCCUAUUUAUCUCCUUUCGCUACAAUCUAAGGAGUUGGAUGAUGCCUUGCUCAUUGGGCUUAUCAAUUCCGUGCCACCCAAAAGUUUGCUCGUCAUUGAGGAUCUGGAAACCGCUAUUAAAACCUUAUCGACUACCUCCUCUUCACUACAGAAUACGCUCUCUACGGAGGUUGGAGGGGGACGGGAUGCUGGCGUGUCCCUGAGCGCGUUGCUAAACGCCAUGGACGGCAUUGCAAGUAGUGAGGGAAGGCUGCUCAUUAUAACAGCCAAUGAUGCCUCGCGUCUGUCAUCGCGUGAUGCGCUCCUAAGGCCCGGUUGCAUUGAUCGGCGCGCCUCGUUUGUUCCUCUUGACUCUGAUAGUAUGAAGGAGAUGAUGCAAUCGUUUCACUCAAAGUUGGCAGAGCCCUCGUUGCAAAGCGUCUUCGCGCUUUGGAAACACGAGGGCUCACACACGGCGGCACCCACCAGCCCUGCAUAG